UAUGGCAGAAAGGCUGCCCAGUGAUUUGAAAGAAAAAAGAUUGGUUCCAAUCUACGAGCAGCCUAAGCAAGACCUUUUGCCUGGCGACUUCACGCGAAAGCAGGGCAUCAAGAAGGAUGUUUUGUACGACAACAUUUGGUGGCUAGAGAUGCUUCUCACGAUGGAAGAGUUUCAGAAGCGCAAGCCUUCAAAGACAGAGCUACAAAUCAUCUUGUCCAAACUCGAUCGGGAAUCCCAGGGGUUGGCAGUUCGUGGGCGAUCUGCGGCUGAAUGGAGUGACAAUAUCGAUGCGGAGGCCUACAAAAUCCAGAGGCUUUGGUCUGCUGGGCGCCGACGGUGGCGCGACACAAAAGCCUCACCGAAUGACAGGCUUCAGUCGCGCAAGAAGCUGUUUCAAUACUGGGAGCCUUCCACCCCGAAGUCCCAUGUUGAAAGGUGGCAAAUGGACAUUUGCCAUGACGGCCAUGACCAGUGUUCCCCGUCCAGCGACGGGGCAACUGAGUCCAGUGGUGAGACUGGGGCUAGCAGCGCAGACUCGAGUUUUGACCAGCUUGACCAGUUAAUGUUUAAUGGGUUCAUGACUGGCGUUCUUGCUGGGCCUGAUGCUCAGCCCAAUUCCUACGAUGAUGAAAUGGAUGAACGUCAACCCAAGGCUCCACAU